AUGGCAACAAAAACCGAGGUUGCGAACGACCUUCCCAAAGUCAACCGCUUCAUUACGACCCAUGACCCAUCAACAAAGAAAGCCAUCUUCUCCAACGCUGUCCCAGAAGAAACCAAAGUCGAUCCCAUUCCCAACGCUGAGUUCAGACUUGGAUAUGUCACAAAAGGAUUCCCCGUCGACCUAAACAAGGACGCUGAUAUUGCUGUUUACAAGCCCUACCUCGAGAGCCCUCCUGGUCUUGUCGCCUCAGGAGGAACUGUUCUCCGCUAUGUGGACGUGGCACCAGGCCAAUUAUCACCAAUGCAUCGCACAGUCUCACUAGACUACGGUGUUGUUCUAGAGGGUGAGAUGGAAUUGGUGCUAGACUCUGGAGAGACACGAACGAUGAAGAGGGGAGAUGUUGCGAUACAAAGGGGUACAAUGCACGCUUGGAGGAACAAGAGCAGCACACAAUGGGGACGUAUGCUUUACGUUCUCCAGGAGUGCAAGCCAGUCGAGGUUGGCGGGGAAGUACUUGGGGAGGACUAUGGAAACAUGGAGGGUGUUCCAAAAUCUUCGUAGUUGUAUAAUUGCUUUGUUAUCUGAACCAUUGCGCUUGACCA